AUGAAGCUGGCCCGCGCUCUGCUUCCCCUGCUACUGCAGGCCUGCUGGGCCACCGCCCAGGAUGCCCCAGCCAACUCGAAGGCCAUUGCUUUUCAAGACUGCCCGGUGGACCUGUUUUUUGUCCUGGACACCUCCGAAAGUGUGGCACUGAGGCUGAAACCCUACGGGGCCCUGGUGGACAGGGUAAAGGAGUUCACAAAGAACUUUAUUGACAACCUGAGAGACAGGUACUACCGGUGUGACCGAAAUCUGGUUUGGAAUGCUGGAGCGCUGCACUACAGUGAUGAGGUAGAGAUCAUCAGUGGGCUGACCCGCAUGCCGAGUGGCCGCGACUCACUCAAGAGCAGUGUGGAUGCUGUCAAGUACUUUGGCAAGGGCACCUUCACCGACUGUGCCAUCAAGAAGGGGCUGGAGGAGCUGCUAGUCGGGGGCUCCCACCUGAAGGAGAACAAGUAUCUGAUCGUGGUGACAGAUGGGCAUCCCUUGGAGGGCUAUAAAGAGCCAUGUGGAGGCCUGGAGGAUGCUGUCAAUGAGGCCAAACACCUGGGCAUCAAAGUCUUCUCAGUGGCCAUCACUCCUGACCACCUGGAGCCCCGGCUGAGCAUCAUUGCCUCCGACCACACGUACCGGCGCAACUUCACAGCGGCUGACUGGGACCAGACGAGGGAUGCGCAGGUGGUCAUCCGUCAGACCAUCGACACCAUCAUCGACAUGAUUAAAAACAAUGUGGAGCAAGUGUGCUGCUCCUUCGAGUGUCAGCCUGCCAGGGGACCUCCUGGACCUCGGGGCGACCCCGGGUAUGAGGGUGAGCGUGGGAAGCCAGGGCUCCCAGGAGAGAAGGGAGAAGCUGGAGAGCCGGGAAGGCCAGGGGACCUGGGACCUGUUGGCUACCAAGGAAUGAAAGGAGAAAAAGGAGGUCGCGGGGAAAAGGGCUCAAGGGGACCCAAAGGCUACAAGGGUGAGAAGGGCAAGCGAGGCAUCGAUGGUGUGGAUGGCAUGAAGGGGGAAACAGGGUACCCUGGGCUGCCAGGUUGCAAGGGCUCGCCUGGAUUUGACGGCAUCCAAGGACCCCCUGGGCCUAAGGGAGAUCCUGGCUCUUUUGGACUGAAAGGAGAAAAGGGUGAGCCUGGCACGGAUGGUGAGCCCGGGAGGCCUGGGAACACAGGGCCCCCUGGAGAAGAGGGUGAGCCAGGAGAACCUGGGCCCCCAGGAGAGAAAGGAGAAGCCGGGGAUGAGGGAAACUCAGGACCAGAUGGACCUCCUGGGGAGAGGGGUGGCCCUGGGGAAAGAGGACCACGGGGGACACCUGGCCUUCGGGGCCCCAGAGGAGAACCGGGUGAAGCUGGACCCCAGGGUGACCAAGGAAGAGAAGGUCCUGUCGGUAUCCCUGGAGACCCGGGGGAGGCUGGUCCUAUCGGGCCAAAAGGAUACCGAGGCGAUGAGGGGCCCCCAGGGACUGAGGGUACCAGAGGUGUUCCAGGACCUGCAGGGCCCCCUGGAGACCCGGGGCUGAUGGGAGAGAGGGGUAAUGAUGGACCCCCUGGAAAUGGCACCGAAGGCUUCCCUGGUUUUCCAGGGUAUCCAGGCAACAGGGGCCCUCCUGGGAUCAAUGGCACUAAAGGUUACCCUGGCCUCAAGGGUGAUGAGGGUGAUGCUGGGGACCCAGGAGAGGACAAUAACGAUAUUUCAAUUCGAGGUGUCAAAGGAGCCAAGGGAUAUCGGGGCCCUGAAGGCCUUCAGGGACCCCCUGGACCCCCUGGAAUCUCAGGACCUGACGAGUGUGAGAUUUUGGACAUCAUCAUGAAAAUGUGCUCUUGCUGUGAAUGCACCUGCGGCCCCAUUGACAUCCUCUUCGUGCUGGACAGCUCCGAGAGCAUCGGCCUGCAGAACUUUGAGAUCGCCAAGGACUUCAUUGUCAAAGUCAUUGACCGACUGAGCCGGGACGAGCUGGUCAAGUUUGAGCCUGGGCAGUCGCACGCGGGCGUGGUGCAGUACAGCCACAACCAGAUGCAGGAACACGUGGACCUGAGGAGCUCCAAUAUCAGGAACACACAGGAACUGAAGGAAGCUAUCAAGAAGCUGCAAUGGAUGGCAGGGGGCACUUUCACAGGCGAGGCCCUACAAUAUACCCGGGACCGGCUGCUACCAACCUCCAACAACCUCAUCGCCCUGGUCAUCACAGAUGGGCGCUCAGACACCCAGAGGGACACCACACCCCUCAACGUGCUCUGUGGCCCUGAAAUCCAGGUGGUAUCUGUGGGUAUCAAGGACUUGUUUGGCUCCUCCCCGAGCUCUGACCAGCUGAAUGUCAUCGCCUGCCAAAGCGGGCCCCGGCCAGGCAUCUCACUCGUCAAGGAUAACUACGCAGAGCUGCUGGAUGACAACUUCCUGAAGAAUGUGACUGCUGAGAUCUGCAAAGAUAAGAAAUGUCCAGAUUACACCUGCCCGGUCACAUUCUCCUCCCCUGCUGACAUCACCAUCCUGUUAGACGGCUCAGCCAGCGUGGGUAGUCACAACUUCGAGACCACUAAGAAAUUUGCCAAGCGCCUAGCGGAGCGCUUCCUCACAGCGAAGCACACCGACCCCUCCCAUGACGUGCGAGUGUCGGUGAUGCAGUACAGUGGCACCGGCCAGCAGAGGCCGGAGCGGGCAGCCCUGCAGUUCCUACAGAACUACACAGUGGUGGCAAACAGCGUGGACAGCAUGAGCUUCUUCAAUGAUGCCACCGACGUCACUGAUGCCCUUCGCUACGUCACCCGCUUCUAUCGAGAGGCCUCCUCAGUCCCUGCCAAGAAGCGGCUACUGCUAUUCUCAGAUGGUAAUUCGCAGGGCGUCACAGCGGCCGCCAUCGAGAAGGCUGUGCAGGAGGCCCACCGGGCAGGCAUUGAGAUCUUUGUAGUAGUGGUGGGUCACCAGGUGAACGAGCCCCACAUUCAUGUGCUGGUCACUGGCAAGACCGCUGAGUAUGACGUGGCCUUUGGCGAGAAGCACUUAUUCCGAGUGCCUAGCUACCAGGCGCUCUUACAGGGCGUUUUCUACCAGACCAUCUCCAGGAAGGUGGCGCUGGGCUAG